AUGGCCGACGCACUAGGAGCCCUGAGCUCGACUAUUGAAGGGAUACCUGGGUUUGGAGCAGUUUCCACUGUGUUCCAGGCCGCGGCCCCGGAUGUUAUAAAGACGAAGGACCCGUUCUACGAGGAGAUCGAUGGCGACAAGAAACGACGCAAGGCUCCUGGAAAUGUGUCUGAGGUGCAACGGAAGCUAUGGAAAAAGGUCAUGAAGCGUGCAUGGUAUCACGACCGCAAUUUCUGUAAUUGUUUUCCCAUUGAUUUGGGUCUGGGCAUCAUUCCAAUCGUCACCAUUCUUCCGUUGAUUGGACCAUGGAUCUGCUACACAAUGCAUGCUGAACUGAUCAAAUAUGCUGCUGAUGCCGGUUGUCCAAAGAAGACGUUGGCUAAAAUGGGCGGCAAUGUCACUUUCGACUUUCUCAUCUCCAUAUGUCCAGUGCUAGGCUCGAUUUUCUGCUGGAUGAAUGCAUGCUCGACCAAAAACGCGGCGUUGUUUGAUACAUUUAUGAGGAACCAUGCGGCUAGACAAGAGGACCUAGUACAGCAUUCCACGGAGGUUCAUGAUGUAUUUCAGCAGGAUCAUCAAAGGCGGAUGCAACAGGCACGCUCCGCACGGGAUGCCGGCGCUGCUCCCCAGGCGAAUGGGGGACAGGGCCAAAGGCCUCAGCCUCAGCAGCAAGGGAUCCCUAAAAACCAGGUACCGAAACCCCAGCCAGCAUAUACUCAGACUCGACGGUCCAAUUCGCCCGACCGAUCAAACCAACCCACGAGGCCCAACCAGCCAGGAAACCAGCCAGGAAGCCAGACAGUAAACCCGUACCACCCCAAGAACCAGGCUGCUCAGCCACGCGCUCCAAAUGGCUACCAGCCGCCGCGCCAGAAUCCCUAUCAGGCUCGAGACCAAAGCCCCCAGCGGCUGCCAAAUCACAACCAGCCUCCGCAGCAGCCCCCCUAUCAAACUCUGGAUCAAAGUCCUCAGCGGCUUCGAAAUCCCAAUCAGCGAUCUCAAGGGCCCUACCAACCACGAGAUCAGAGCCCUCAACCGCGGGCUAUGAAUGGGUAUCAGCCCCGUGACCAAAGCCCUCAACCGCGGGCUAUGACCGGCCAUCACCCCCGUGACCAGAGCCCUCACUCACAAACCCAGACUCGCGCUGGCCCUCCGCCGCAUGCUCAAAAUCCACCUCAAGCCCAGAACCCCUACAAACCACCGUACAAUCCGUACCAGCAAAACCAGAGCCAGAAACAGAACCAGAACCCCGGACCUUACCAGCAAGCGUACCGACCACCGCGAACCCUUGAAGAAGCCCAAGCCCAAGACCUUGCCAUGAGGACACGCCAGACCGCCAGACCUCCCCAGCCCGUGGCAACCCCUCAGAGCCAAGAAGAGCAGGACCUGGAGGCCGCUCUAGCGAUCUCCCGACUACAGUACGAGCAGCAGCAACGAGCCACCACCGGCGGACAGUCGCUGCACAUGCCUGACCCCAGGAACUAUAGCUAG